GGAGUUUCUCUCUCCCACCCAACCCUCUUCCUUCCACCCCAUCCCCGCUUCUCUCUCGCCUCCGCUUCGCUCGCGCGAGAGGGGGCCGACGACGGAACUCUAGGAUUCGCGCCCGCCCGCGCGGCCAAGCCACCAGGAUCGCGCUCCGCGGACUCGAGGGCGCUAGCCAAGCUCCAGGGCGCGCGGAUCGUGCACCGGGCGGGGCCGGUUACCGCCGCCAUGUCAUCGCUCACCCGCGACAUCGUCUUCCUCGUCCUCCAGUUCCUAGACGAGGAGAAGUUUAAGGAGACCAUGCAUAAGUUUGAGCAAGAGUCGGGGUUCUUCUUCAAUAUGAAGUACUUUGAAGCGAAGGGCCAUGCUGGGGACUGGGAUGAGGUGGAGAAAUACUUGUCAGGUUUCACCAAGAUAGAUGACAAUAAUUAUUCGAUGAAGAUCUUCUUUGAGAUUAGGAAACAGAAGUAUUUGGAAGCGCUUGAUAGGCAUGAUGGAGCAAAGGCUUUAGAUAUUCUUGUUAAGGAUCUUAAAGUCUUUUCGACAUUCAAUGAGGAGUCAUAUAAGGAAAUAACACAGCUUCUCACUUUUGAGAAUUUUAGGGUUGACGCGGUGCGGCGGGUGACAGAGGCGUACAAGGGGAGGCGCCUCAUGGUAGGCGUCGACGACGUCGAUCUGUUCAAGGGGAUCGGGCUCAAGUAUCUUGUGAUGGAGCAGCUGCUCGUGGAGCACCGGGAACUCCGUGGCCGCGCCGUGCUGGUGCAGAUCGCCAACCCUGCCCGCAGCGAAGGGCGCGACAUGCAGGGCGUGCAGGACGAGGCCAGGGCCAUCAGCGCCUGGGUCAAUGUGCGUUUUGGCACCCCCGGGUACACGUCGAUCGUGCUCAUCGACGGCCCAGUGACGUCGCAGGAGAAGGCCGCCUACUACGCAGCUGUCGAGUGCUGCUUGCUGAGCGCCGUGCGCGAUAGGCUCAACUGGAUCCCGUACAUCUAUAUGGUAUGCCGGCAGGAGAGCACCGCGCUCGGAGACGACGCGCCCAAGCGGAGCGCCAUCGUGCUCUCUGAGUUCAUCGGUUGUUCCCCAUCCCUCAGCGGUGCGAUCCGCGUGAACCCGUGGAGCGUGGAGUCCGUGGCGGAGGCCAUGAACGUCGCGCUGCGGAUGCCGGAGGCCGAGCAGCGGUUGCGGCACGAGAAGCACUACAAGUACGUGAGCACCCACAGCGUCGCCUACUGGACGCGGUCCUUCGACUCGGACCUACAACAUGCCUGCAAGGACCAUUUCUCGCGUCGGCAUUGGGGGAUCGGGUUCGGCAUGAGCUUCAAGGUGGUGGCCCUUAGCCCGAACUUCCGGCGGCUCUCCGUGGAGCACAUUGUCCCUUCGUAUCAGAGGACGGAGAACCGGCUGAUUCUCCUGGACUACGACAGCACCGUGAUGUCGGAGAAUUCGAUCGACCGGACGCCGAGCAGUGAGGUCAUCUCUGUGUUGAAUCGUCUGUGCGAGGACCCAAAGAAUAGAGUGUUCAUCGUGAGCGGACGGGGGAAGGAUGAGCUGAGUAGGUGGUUCACCCCCCUGCGAGAAGCUGGGCAUCGCGGCGGAGCACGGUUACUUCACAAGGGAAAAUGAACAGUUGUCUAAUUAUGGGGAUACUAAAUCAGCUCGAACUGUUAUGCUGGUUGAACUAAAAAAACUCAUUAAAGCCAACCCUCUUCUCCAGGAAAAACUUGUCUUCCCGACUCUUAAGGCAUCACGCCUCCGAACUUUAAUUAAUCAAAGCUUGAAUUGGCAGCAUCAACAUUGUAAGAAUCCUCGUCCAAAUCCAGAUAUCAAAACUUUAUUCACUGACCAUACAUGUACUUUACCCAAUGGAGCUCCUGCAUCACGGGUAUCUGUACCACUGGCAGCUGUUCCAAAGGCUGGUGCCGCAUAUCCACCCCUGACAGCUCAUACUCCACUCCAACUUCCUCCACCUAGUCCAUCUUUAGCUCGUUGGCUGACGAAUACAGCCGUCCCUUCAUCUGUUCAGUCUGCUGUUGUAGCAGCCUCGUCAAUACCUGUUCCACCCAAUCAAGUUGUCUCCAUGUUGAAACGCCCAACUAUAACAGACUAUCAAAGUGCAGUGCCUGAGCAACUAAUGAAGCGCUUGAGGCCUGGUGGACAUGGCAUUGGUGAGACCACAUAUCCUACUCCCAUUCCUCAACGUGCAUGGUCAAUGGAUGAUCUUCCAAGGACAGUUGCUUGUUCAUUGUCACAUGGAUCUAAUGUAACUAGCAUGGAUUUUCAUCCAACUCGCCAUACACUGCUUCUAGUGGGAUCUGCUAAUGGUGAAUUUACACUUUAUGAGAUCGGUCUGCGUCAAACAUUACUUUCAAAGCCCUUUAAAAUUCUGGAUACAAAUGCAUGCUCACCACAAUUUCAGAAUGCUGUUGUUAAAGACCCCCCCAUGUCCAUUAAUCGAGUUACCUGGAGCCCUCAUGGAGAAUUGAUUGGAGUUGCAUUCACAAAAUAUUUGAUCCGUGUAUAUGCAUAUCAACCACCAAAUGAGACACGACAUGUUCUAGAGAUUGUUGCUCAUUCUGGAGGUGUAAAUGAUAUAGCAUUCUCACGACCAAACAAGCAACUUUGUGUGGUCACCUGUGGAGAUGAUAAACUGAUAAAGGUAUGGAAUAUGCAUGGACAGAAAUUAUUUACAUUUGAAGGGCACAAGGCGCCUGUGUAUUCUAUAUGUGCGCAUCACAAACAGAGUAUUCAGUUCAUCUUCUCAACUUCCCUUGAUGGAAAAAUUAAGGCCUGGCUUUAUGACAAUGUGGGAUCUAGGGUGGACUAUGAAGCUCCUGGCAAGUGGUGUACUACUUUGCUAUAUAGUGCUGAUGGGACUAGGUUGUUCUCAUGUGGAACAAGCAAAGAGGGAGACUCAUAUUUGGUUCAGUGGAAUGAAAAUGAUGGAUCUAUCAAGAGGACAUAUUCUGGAUUCCGUAAGAGGUCAGCUGGUGUUGCUGGUGUAGUGCAGUUUGAUAUAGCUCAGAAUCACAUUUUGGCUGCUGGUGAAGAUAACAAGAUUAAAUUUUGGGAUGUUGAUAAUAAUAAUAUGCUGAUCUGCACCGACGCUGAAGGAGGCCUCCCAGCUCUUCCUCGCUUGAGGUUCAAUAAAGAAGGCAAUCUUCUUGCUGUUACUACAGUGGACAAUGGUUUUAAGAUACUUGCAAAUGCUGAUGGACUCAGAAAUCUACGCGCAUUAGGUAGCAGGCCUCCUUUCGAAGCAUUUAGGCUACAAUACGAAGAUGCUUCUAUGAAGGUCUCAGGUGCUCCUGUUGUUGCUACCAUAUCUCCUAACAUAGGCCGAAUGGAUCACUUGGAUAGGAAUUCUCCUGCAAAGCCAUCUCCUAUGCUGACUGGUGGCGAUACAGCAUCAAGAAGCAUAGAUAUAAAGGCAAGAAUCUCAGAAGAAAAGUCUGAUAAAGCAAAAGCUUCGGAACUAAUGGAGGUUCUAAAUCCCCAACAAUGCCGUGUAGCAACAAUGCCAGAAACUCCCGAUCAGGCUAGAAAGGUUGUCCGACUUCUGUACACAAAUUCUGGUGUUGGGUUGCUAGCACUAGGGUCAAACGCCAUUCAAAGGCUAUGGAAAUGGAGUCGAAACGAGCAAAAUCCUAGUGGAAAAGCCACAGCCAGUGUUGUGCCACACCAUUGGCAGCCAAAUAGCGGUCUUGUCAUGACAAAUGAUACAUCGGAUACCAAUCCAGAGGAGGCAAUCCCAUGCAUUGCACUCUCCAAGAAUGAUUCCUAUGUGAUGUCUGCUUGUGGUGGGAAGGUUUCUUUGUUUACCAUGAUGACAUUUAAGGUGCUGACAACAUUCAUGCCGCCACCACCAGCAUCAACAUUUUUAGCAUUUCACCCUCAAGAUAAUAACAUCAUAGCAAUAGGAAUGGAAGAUUCAACCAUUCACAUAUACGAUGUCAGGGUAGAUAAGGUAAAAACUGAACUCAAAGGACAUCAAAAGAGGAUAACUGGGUUGGCAUUCUCCACCAACCUUGGCGUACUUGUUUCUUCAGGCGCCGAUGCACAGCUCUGUGUGUGGACCAAUGACACCUGGGAAAAAAAGAGAACAGUCUCGAUACAAAUGCUAGCUGGGAAGGCUCCUUCAGGAAAUACACGGGUCCAGUUUAGUUCUGACCAAAAUCACUUGCUAGUAGUACAAGAGACUCAACUAGCCAUAUAUGAUGCAUCAAAAAUGGAGAGGAUCUAUCAGUGGAUACCGCAGGACACAUUGUCAGCUUCCAUAUCCCAUGCAUCAUACUCAUGUAACAGCCAGCUAGUUUUUUCUGCCUUCAUUGAUGGUAACAUAGGUGUUUUUGACGCGGAGAACUUGAGAUUAAGAUGCCGAAUUGCGCAAUCGGUGAUAAACAGCAAUCCACAUGUUCACCCUCUUGUUGUCGCCGCACAUCCGCACGAGCCAAACCAAUUUGCGGUGGGGCUGUCAGAUGGGUUCGUUAAAGUGCUGGAGCCAUUGGAGUCCGAAGGAAAAUGGGGAACACCUGCUCCGGUGACCAAUGGCACCCCCAACGGCAAGACACCAGCUUCGUCGACUACGAGUAACCCUGCUACGGACCAAAUCCAAAGAUAGAUUGUAUUUCCUAAGCAUUCUUCUGUAAGGGCUAGUUUGGCAUCCCUAUUUUUCUAAAAAAAAUUAUUUUAUUAAGGAAAUUAGUUCAUUUUUCUUUGGGAAAAUAAAAAUUCCUUAGAAAAAUGCUGUUGCCAAACUAGCCCUAAACUUUCUAAUUACACCGACUUAUCUGUAUGUGCAUGCUGUUAGGAUGUCAUUGCCAUUUGUUGAAAAAAAAAGAUAGAAUAGGUUCAAGUUCA